CUUUAGACUACUUUUUAAAAAUUUCCUUUUUAACACUAAAUCAGUGAAACGUCCACAUGAAGACAAACUGCUAGAGAAAUUUAAGACCUUUAGGUUGUAAAAUUAAAAUGUCAUAUUAUAAAACACUGCUGAGCAAAGAUUCUUGUGUUAUUUGGUUAUUGGUCAUUACAAAUUUGAGUCAGGGCACAAAACUUUUUGUGCUAUGAUAUUCAGAACAGAACACAGAUGCUUGAAAGGAUUAACACAGCACAAAACAAUGUCUAUUACUAUCUACUGAAAAAUGAGCCACGAUCUUUACCACAAACAAGUGACUUUUUGAAAGUUAAAAACUUAAUGCCUACUGAGAAUUAAAUUUACUAAUUGAGAACGAUUAGAUUCGAUGGCUGAAAACUUCAGUAUGUGUUAUAAUUAUAAUAAAUCCUUCAGUCAUCUGACUCCAGUAAUUUUCCACUCACUCUUCUCCCCCCUCAAUUCCUGCACACACUCAGAUUAAAUAUUUCUGAGAACCUGGCUACUUACAGAGUGGGAGCAGCAGCAGUAGCAUCUUCUUGCUAGAAGUGCAAAACCUCAGGUCCUACUAAAUCAAUCUGCUUCAAUAAAAGCUCUCGUGACUCAUGUGCACAUUAAUGUUUGAGAUCCCCAGAUCUCCUUUUUGAAACUAUUUCUCCCUCUACAGGGGUCCCCAAAACCCGGGCUCCAGACUGGUACAGGUCUGUGGCCUGUUAAUAACCAAGCCGCACUGCAGGAGGUGAGCAUUGAGCAAGAGAACAGCGGUUUCCAUUAGAUUCUCAAAGGGGCACAAAGGGGCAGAAGCCCUACUGUGAACUGCGCAUGCGAGGGAUCUAAGUUGCAGGUUGUGUGCUCCUUCUAAGACUCUAAUGCCUACUGAUUUGAGGUGCAACAGUUUCAUCCCGAAAACAUCCUCCCCUCAACCCCCCACCUUCCGUGGAAAAAAAUCACCAGUCCCUGGUGCCAAAAGGUUGGAGUCUUACUAUGUUGCCCAGGCUGGAGUGCAGUUGCUAUUCACAGGCUGGAUGAUUGCGCACCUCCGAUGAAAGCGGCUCAAAACCAAGGCAUUUUUGCCUAAUAACCCCUUGAAAGUGACUUAAAAGACGGUCAGUUAUGUAUGCUUUUAUGUACAUAGUCUGUCCAAUUGCUUCUACCUGGACAAGCAUAUUAAAAUUAUUACCUGGCAGAAUAUUAUUUGCCUGAGCUAAACCCGGAGAUCUUUUAAACGCUUGCAGACUUACAGAGCCUGGCACUGCGGACUUUGCUGCUGCUACCUCGUGAAAAGAAGGGGUACGAGCUCUAGGAGGCUGUCGGCCACGUCCAAACUAUCAAGCCAACAUCACUAGAAGCCGAACACGGCUUUCGGUCAUGUACUGCCGACUCUCAUCUCUAAGAUUCACGAACCGCGACCAAUUGUCUGUUCGGUUUCCCACAGGCGACUUCCUUUCAUGCACAAAGAGGGAAGAGCAGCGGUGGCUGCGGCAGGGCGCUGGGGUUUCGAGUCCAGCCCUGGGGCCGUGCACCCUCCCUCGGCGCCGGCCGGGCCACUCUGACGCUCCCUCCUGGCUCCCUCCCUUUCAUCCCAACGUGGGCGCAGGGCGACUCGCUUCUCCUAUUCCUUCGCGCCCAUCGCACUUUCUAACAUCUCAGAAACAUGGCCCUUGUCACAGACUUUCGUGAUCGCGCACUUUAAAGAAAAGCCAGAAUCAAUGAACUUGUCAGUUUAAUGUGACGUCUUAGAGGGAAAGGGCCAUGUCUUUGUCAUCCCAGAGACCACAAUACCCGACGGCCGGCUUGGCGCUCAGUGUUUCCCUAAGCAUCAAAACAGGAACAACCAAAGCAACGGACAAAUGAAUGCAUGUGGAAACAAGAAAAGAAUGCAUAAAAGAGUGAAGAAAAGAGGGGGCCAGGCAUAGUGGCUUAACCUGUAAUCCUAGCACUUUGGCAGGCCAAGGCAGGAGGAUCUCUUGAGUCCAGGAGUUCAAGGUUGCAGUGAGCCGUGAUCGCAGCUCAGGCGACAAGUGAGAGCCGGUCUCCCCACCCUUUCCCCCCUCCCCGAAAAAAGGCAGGAGCCCCACAGGGCCAGGAGUGCCAGGCGCGGCCGCCCGGGGGCGGUGUGGGGGGUGCGUGGGCCACUUUGCCUCAGCGACCACCGCCCGGGUCCCUCUGUAAGGCGCUUCUCAGGCAGACACCCCGAGCCAAAGCGGGCCGCACCGCAGCGCUGGGCACUUGGGUGGAGAGCGUGGGGGCCGCGGGCCCGCGCCCAGACAGGUGUAGCCGUCCCAUGCUCGGCGUCCUGCCGCUCCUGGACUGCGCCAUGCCUCCAGGCAUGGAGGUGCUGGACCUGCCGCUGUGGAACCGCUUCUCGGGCCUGUCCUGGGGGCCGCACCACAGAAAUGCAAUGGCACGUCAUGAUUCUGAGAUGAAAGAAGAAUGUCUAAGGGAAGACCUGAAGUUUUACUUCAUGAGCCCUUGUGAAAAAUACCGAGCCAGAUGCCAGAUUCCGUGGAAACUGGGUUUGCAGAUUUUGAAGAUAGUCAUGGUCACCACACAGCUUGUUCGUUUUGGUUUAAGUAACCAGCUGGUGGUUGCUUUCAAAGAAGAUAACACUGUUGCUUUUAAGCACUUGUUUUUGAAAGGAUAUUCUGGUACAGAUGAAGAUGACUACAGCUGCAGUGUAUAUACUCAGGAGGAUGCCUAUGAGAGCAUCUUUUUUGCUAUUAAUCAGUAUCAUCAGCUAAAGGACAUUACCCUGGGGACCCUUGGUUAUGGAGAAAAUGAAGACAAUAGAAUUGGCUUAAAAGUCUGUAAGCAGCAUUACAAGAAAGGGACCAUGUUUCCUUCUAAUGAGACACUGAAUAUUGACAACGACAUUGAGCUCGAUUGUGUUCACUUAGACCUUCAGGACCUUUCCAAGGACCCUCCGGACUGGAAGAACUCAUCAUUCUUCAGACUGGAAUUUUAUCGGCUCUUACAGGUUGAAAUCUCCUUUCAUCUUAAAGGCAUUGACCUACAAACAAUUCAUUCCCGUGAGUUACCAGACUGUUAUGUCUUUCAGAAUAUGAUUAUCUUUGACAAUAAAGCUCACAGUGGCAAAAUCAAAAUCUAUUUUGACAGUGAUGCCAAAAUUGAAGAAUGUAAAGACUUGAACAUAUUUGGAUCUACUCAGAAAAACACUCAGUAUGUCCUGGUGUUUGAUGCAUUUGUCAUUGUGAUUUGCUUGGCAUCUCUUAUUCUGUGUACAAGAUCCAUUGCUCUUGCUCUAAGGUUACGGAAGAGAUUUCUAAAUUUCUUCCUGGAGAAGUACAAGCGGCCUGUGUGUGACACUGACCAGUGGAAGUUCAUCAACGGCUGGUAUGUCCUGGUGAUUAUCAGCGACCUAAUGACAAUCAUUGGCUCCAUAUUAAAAAUGGAAAUCAAAGCAAAGAAUCUCACAAACUAUGAUCUGUGCAGCAUUUUGCUUGGGACCUCUACGCUCUUGGUUUGGGUUGGAGUCAUCAGAUACCUGGGUUAUUUCCAGGCGUAUAAUGUGCUGAUUUUAACAAUGCAGGCCUCACUGCCAAAAGUUCUUCGGUUUUGUGCUUGUGCUGGUAUGAUUUAUCUGGGUUACACAUUCUGUGGCUGGAUUGUCUUAGGACCAUACCAUGACAAGUUUGAAAAUCUGAACACAGUUGCUGAGUGUCUGUUUUCUCUGGUCAACGGUGAUGACAUGUUUGCAACCUUUGCCCAAAUCCAGCAGAAGAGCAUCUUGGUGUGGCUGUUCAGUCGUCUGUAUUUAUAUUCCUUCAUCAGCCUUUUCAUAUAUAUGAUUCUCAGCCUUUUUAUUGCACUUAUUACAGAUUCUUAUGACACCAUUAAGAAAUUCCAACAGAAUGGGUUUCCUGAAACGGAUUUGCAGGAAUUCCUGAAGGAAUGCAGUAGCAAAGAAGAGUAUCAGAAAGAGUCCUCAGCCUUCCUGUCCUGCAUCUGCUGUCGGAGGAGGAAAAGAAGUGAUGAUCACUUGAUACCUAUUAACUAAAGUUCUUCUGCUAAAGAUGAUUAAAGUUCAGGCAUCCUUAUCCAGCAGCUGGACAGAGGAACCCCAAAUGACUUGGACCAGCAGUUCCAAAAUGACUCUCUUAUUUACUUGUGGAGUGAGAAAGAGGACUAGCGGUUAGCCAGCUGACCAUGACUGAAAUUCCAGCUUUACUUUUUAUAAACUUGAAUGAUAAAGAAUAGACCACAGGCUACUGCUGGGCAUUAGUGCAAUUGAACAGUGAUAAUAAAAUUCUCUAUUAGUCUGUUAAUUUAUGACAUGAUCUCAGAAUGGAAAAAGAUCACAUUUCAGAGUGUGCAAAAUAGUCUUUAAAGCCAUGUAUUUAAAUAUGUGUGUUUAUUGUCAAAUAAGGGUUUGUUUUAAAGGUGAUUCUUGGUUUGAAGACAUUCGUUAAUUCAUGGUCUGUAUAGAAAUGAAGUUGGUUGCAGUACCAAUCUAGAGAGUCCAAGCUGGCGAACUACUAAGCUAUUUAAAGAUCACCCUUGGCCUGGCACAGUGACUCACACCUGUCAUCCCAGCACUUUGGGAGGCCUACGCAGGCAGACCACUUGAGCUCAGGAACUUGAGACCAGCCUGCGCAACAUGGCAAAAACUCAUCUCUACAAAAAAUAUAAAAAUGAGCUGGGCAUGAUGGCAGGCAUCUGUAGUCCCAGCUACUUGGGAAACUGAAGUGGGAGGAUCACCUGAGCCCUGGAGGCAGAGGAUGCCAUGAGCUGUGAUCGUGCCAUUACACUCCAGCCUGGGUAACAGACAGACCCUGUCUCAAAAAAAUAAAAAAAAAAAAAAAGAUCACCCUUAAAUCAACAAAAAGACCUCAUGCUCAUGCAGUGGACAUUUCUUGGCCUGUUUUCCUGUGGGUUUUUCUUCAGCAUGAUAUGAAGCAACUGUUGGCAUAGCCAGUGGGAUGAAUAAGAAAUGGAAUCAUUUGUCUGCCUCGUCACUUGUGCUAAUGGUUGGUUGUACACACAGGACGUGUGGAAGUGACCUGUAUCUGUGGUCACUCAUUUUAACAAUUGAACUCUGCUGUGUUAGUCGUUUACCUUUGUCUAGCAAAGAAAUAUGGUAUAUUUUCUCUAAAUAAAUUUAUUUUUAUCAUUCCA